AUGGCUCUAAUUAUGAACCAAUUGUUUAUUUUUCCAUUCCUCAUGAGUCUCUCACUUUUUUUCUCGCUUACUACUCCUUUUCAUCAUACUAGUAAUGCUACUUCCUCCUCUGAAUUCACAACCUCUAUUUUCAACGUCACAUCCGCAAUUCAUCAAAUCCGUCAAGUCCUCCCCUUUCAUCAUCAAGAAGAAGAAGAAACACAAUUUUCAUCAUUAUCUUCUUCUUCUUCCUUUAAGCUCAAAUUAUACCCAAUUGAAUCUCUCUUUACUGCUCAUCCUCAACACAAGCUGGACUAUCGCAGUUUAUUUUUAUCGGGGGAUGUUUUUACCGGCAUAACACAUGGAACCAAUGAUUACAUAGUAAAAAUUGGAGUGGGACGACCACCACAAUUCUUCUACAUGAUUUUCGACAUUGAAACUGAUGUGACUUGGCUUCAAUGUCAGCCAUGUUUACAUUGUUAUGAACAACCCGAUUCAAUUUUUGACCCAUCAUUGUCCUCUUCUUACACCCUAAUUUCAUGCGAGACAAAACGUUGUAAUCUACUUAAAAAUUCUUCUUGUAGUGUUGACGGGUAUUGUAAAUACAAAAUUAGCUACAACGACGAUUCAUAUACUGCCGGUAUUUUCGUAAAUGAAACGAUAUCGUUUGAAAGCUCUGGAUGGGUCAAUAGGGUUUCAUUAGGUUGUGGUCAUUCAAACAAAGGUGCAUUUGUGGGCUCUGCCGGAACAUUUGGGCUGGGUCGCGGGCCUUUCUCGUUCCUAUCUCGUAUCAAUGUAUCAUCAAUGUCAUAUUGUUUGGUGGAUCGUAAUUGGGUAUACUCAUCGGCGACUUUGGAAUUCAACUCCCCAUCAUCAUCAUCAUAUAAUAAUGAUAAUUCAUUUAAAGCUAAGUUGUUGAAAAACCCUAAGAUGGAGAGUUUAUACUAUGUGGGUUUCACUGGGGUUAGCGUGGGGAGUGAAAGGAUCACCAUUCCUAAUUCAACGUUCACGAUUGAUCCAUAUGGAAAUGGGGGAAUGAUUGUGAGUACGGGGACUAUUAUAACCCGGUUGGAGACUCAGGCUUAUAAUGCAGUACGCGAUGCUUUUGUGGCGAAGACUCAACAUUUGGAACGUGCAAAGGCGUUGUAUCCAUUUGACACAUGUUAUAGUUUGACGACUAAGAAUACGAUAGAGUUGCCGAUGAUGGGGUUUGAAGUGAACGACGGGAAAAUGUGGUUAUUGCCGAAGGAGAGUUAUUUGUAUGCGGUGGAUAAUAAUGGAACUUUUUGCUUUGCUUUUGGGCCGUCGGAAGGUCCAUUUUCGAUUCUAGGUAGCUUUCAGCAAUAUGGGACUCGUGUCACUUUUGAUCUUACUAACUCUAUCAUUUCUUUGCACACCCUCUAUUGUAGUUAG